UUUUAUUUCGAUUGCAAAAAUAGAUUAAAGCCACAUCAUAUUUUCGUUGCAGACCUUUAAAUAGAACCAAUCGACCAUCCUCAACCGUUUUAGUCAGUGUUAACCUCAUUUCGAGCAGUUAGAAUGAGUCUCCAGUGGACGAUUAUAGCCGGUUUCCUCUACCUGGAAAUCGGGGUAGUACUUCUUUUGGUACUUCCAGUGGCAUCGCCGAAAAGAUGGAACUCGUUCUUCAAAUCGAAGUUUCUGCAGGGGCUGCAAAGACAAGCGGGCUUUUAUUUCCUAAUGCUCUUGGGUAUUCUGGUACUAUUCCUUUUAGACGCAAUUAGGGAGAUGAGGAAGUACUCGUAUUACAUCGAAAACGAGGAACACGGCGGUCACGCUCACUUGGACCGCGAAAUGCAAGGCUCGAUGAGGCUCUUCAGAGCCCAACGUAACUUCUACAUCUCCGGCUUCGCUUUGUUCUUGUCGCUCGUUAUUCGAAGACUCGUCAUUUUAAUCAGCGAACAGGCCACUCUACAAGCCCAAUCCGAAGCUUCUAUGAGACAGGCCCAGAGCGCCACGACUGCUGCGAAAAGCCUGUUGGCUCAAAAGGGGGAAAUCGCGCAGAACGAAGUCAACGAAGCUCAAGAUAAAGAGGUCAGCAACUUGAAGCAUAAAAUCGACACUCUAGAAGAGGAGCUGGUACUCAUGAAGAAAGAUAAGUCUGCGAUCAAAAGUCAAGCUGACAACCUUGCUAAAGAGUAUGAUCGUCUUGCUGAAGAGCACAGUAAACUUCAGAAGAAAUUGACUCUAUCUUCAGAGACUGCAAAAGAUGAAUAAUUCUACUCUAUAAACGACAGUUUUUCCCCAUGUACAGGUAUGUUCUUAGAAAGGGUUUAUAUUAUAUAUAAUAUGUUCAAGCUACCCUGGUGAUGAUGUCUUUAGCUGAAAUAUUGCAAUUUUUUCUUUUGAGUAAUGCCUUAUUUCUCUGUAAGAUUAAAGAUUUCUCCACUUUUCUUAGAUAUUUUGACACAUUUGCCUCUCAAAUAACGUGACAUCAUAGCCAGGUUAAGGAGUAUUUUCAUGAAGGAAACUUUUUAGCUUUAAAUUAUAAAUGGUUUGUGAUGUAAUAGCAAGGUAAUGGGAUCUUAUUAAUCAUUAUUUAAGAGAAGUUAAUAAUAAGAAGUAUGUUUUAAAAUUUCUAGUUUUAAAUCAUGCACUAAUUUUUGUUAGUCACUCAUUGUUUUUUGAAACUGUUCGAUUAUUGUUUUUUUUAACUUAUUAAAAAUAAAAGAUAUGUAAAAUA